CCCCGACCGAACGGUCCGUCCUAGUAAUCUUUCCGUCUUAAGAUGGCGGGGUAUGGAAACCUUGUCCGAAGGGCUUUGGGGCAGAUAGGAGGUCAUGGAGGAGUCCGGGGUUUUUUGCUCCAGCUGUUCAGAGUGAAUGAUAUAAAAACGGGCACACUGGUCGGUGUGGAUAAAUAUGGAAAUAAAUACUAUGAGGACAAGAAGCAUUACUUCUUCGUCAGGGUAGUUUAA